CGCCAUGGGUCACCAAGGUAGUUUUGCAGAAGUGCAAAGUCAAUUCUCUCUUGCUCAGCCCUGAAGACUACAUCCUCUUAAGUGCAGACAAAUAUGAGAUUAAGAUUUGGCCAGUUGGGAGAGAAAUCAACUGUAAGUGCUUAAAGACAUUAUCUUGUCUCUGAGGAUGGAAGGAUCUGCUUGCAGCCAAGACUUCAUUUGGAUGGCAAAUACAUUGUCUAUAGCUCAGCACGCAGUCUCUACCAGCAACUUCGCCUCCGGUUAUGCUAUUCUCAGGGUCAUCAAGACUCCUGAGAUAGCAAACUUGGCCUUUCUUGGCUUUGGAAAUACUUUUGCUCUGCUGUUUGACAGCCACCACCUAUACAUCACAGACUUGCAGACACAGAGCCUGAUUAGUCGCUGGCCUCUGCCAGAGUACAGGAAAUCAAAGAGAGGCUCAAGCUUCCUGGCAGGUGAAGCAUCCUGGUUGAAUGGACCAGAUGGGCACAAUGACACGGGCUUGGUCUUUGCCAGCAGCAUGCCUGACCACAGUAUUCACCUGGUGUGGAAGGAACAUGGCUGACACCAUGAGCCACCACUGCUGACUGACUUUGGGUGCCAGGGCCAUAGGCUUUGGGUGCAACCUCUACAGCAGCUGACUGCAUGAAACAAAGUUCUCACCUAAUGGUAUCAUCACGCAGUGCACAUCAUUUGUAUCUAUGUUUGCCAGGGGGCCAGGACCUGGAGUAGGAGAAGGCUUGUUUUACUGACUCACAAUGCAGUAUGCUAUGCUAACGGGGUACACCAUUGACCUCAUUUGUACUUAGUUAUGCUGGUGAAUGCAAGAGGAUGCACUCUGGGUUCAUCUUUCUUGAGUGGAAUAUUGGUUGUAAGUAAAGUUAAAUGAUUCAUUAAU